AGUCUCAGAUUAGCCGGAUCCAGCAGACGGGGAUUAGGCUGGUGCUGCGGGGUUAUCAUAGAGCAUACGUCAGCAGACAUCCACCCAUCUCUGGUGCCGAGGGGCGGGGGUCGCGGUGGCUGAGGGAAGACCCUGGAGCUGCCUCAGAAGCUGGGACAGUGCAAGCGCCACGACGCGGACGCGGCGCCAGGAUCGCUCUCCUCCUCCACCGUAAUACUCCUAUGUGACUCGGCUCAAGAUGGCGGUGCAGGCAGCGGAGAACGACGCGAUUAACAUGGAGGACGACCAGCUCAACGACUCGCUGGGGAACCCAGGCCUCAUCUCACCAGACAAGGAGGAUCUAUCCCGUGUCCUGACUGUCCCGUUCAGCGGCCGUAUCCGGGGAGGCAUGAGACCUGGAAAGAAGAUCAUCGUCAUGGGGAUUGUUGACCUGGAGCCCGAGAGCUUCGCCGUGAGCCUGACCUGCGGACGCGACUCUGAGAAAGAGGAGAACGAGAAGCAGGACGUGGCGCUGAAACUCACGGCUCGCUUCAGCGACCGCCAGUUCCUGCGUAACGCCUGCGUGUCUGGCAAGUGGACGGACGAGGAGGCAUCCACCGCCUACUUCCCCUUCAUCCCCGACCAGCCUUUUAGGAUUGAGAUCCACUGCGAGCACCAGAGGUUUCGGAUAUUCGUGGAUGGACACCAGCUCUUUGACUUUUAUCACAAAGUAAAAUCUUUGCCGUCCAUCGACACGGUUCGGAUACAAGGGGACCUACAGAUCACCAAGCUGGGUUAGCGCCGACCUUCUUCUCUGCAAGCUGCGAGUCUGUGUGGAGCGAGGACUCGUUCACAGGUCAACACGAGGUCACUAGUUGUCUACCCACCGCGCAACACUGCAGCUGGAGUCAUGAGUCGUCUUUGAUUUAUAACCUUCUGUUUGGCACCGUCACGAGGUGAUGCGUCACCGCUUUAUGUUCAAAGGUAGGUUUGAGUUGUUUUACCAAACAGCACUCAGGAAGUUACGGCUGCAGUGACUCAGCAGAGGAGCCGGCUUGAAUUAAGUUUUUAAUCCACUUAGUUUUGGUUAAAACAGUAAACAUGGACCUUGAUUUGUUCCUUAAAAGCUGCUGAUUCAUUUUUCUGUCGACUGAAUCUGUGUUACGCAGCAAAAAAUGUUACAUUCCUGAAACGCUGAUCUUGUUUUCCGUCCCUCGACAUCGUUGAUGUUUACGUUCUGCUUCGUACCUCCCACGUCCCUUGGGCUUGUGCCAGUUGCCGUGGCAACCACGCUGCCGACCUACAUUCCCCCAAAUGAGGAUUAUAUCUUAGCAUGAAGCGAAGGAGGCUCUGUCCUGAACCAUUCGAACUACAUUAGCAGUCGGGAGGUGUCGAAGGUCUGGAGACGAGACCGAUGUGCGUCACUUCCACAGGCCGAGGCAUCUCCUCACAGGCUGGAAACUGCUGCAUCAAUGUUACAUUAAAACCCUUUUUAUGUUGCACCUUCGAGGUGUGGAUCAUCCAUGUCGCACUUUUUUUUAAAAUAUGUUUUUAAGUCCUUACAAGGCAGAUGAUUGGGCCAACUGUUACUGAAGGAAUCUCCAUUUGUUUUUGUUCUGAAGGCGGGGUUUUCCACACUUUGAUCGCAGAUUUUCACCUGUGCUGGAGACGUUUUGAGAGAUGAUCACGGAAGCAAAGAGUAAAAGGUUCUCGAUAGAAAACCUAGGUCAAGUUCUCUUUCAUUAGUCAGGUGUCAGUGAGAUGAAUAAACAUUCAAAUGUUUCUUUUUACAUGUUUUUAUUUCUUUCAUCUGGGACCAAUUGUUUGAACGUUGGAAGCCUGUGCUGACGGUGUGUGAGCAGAUGUUUGUCUCCCACUGAUUAAACUUGAGAUGUGCCUCUUUAAACCGAGGCUUUUUCGUUUCUUGAAGUUGCAACUGAAGUCGCAGUUCCGCUUGUGUUCUACUCCCCUGCAUGUCUGCUCCAGUACUUGCUUUGACUGGCUUCUCCAUGUUUGGUUGACGCAGGACUUAAACUUUGUUUCAGAAUGGGUGUCAUCGUUUUGUUUUGUUUUUUUAAAGCAGAUCUGUAAACCUACAUUCCAGUUCUGCCAGUUUUGCUCCUGGCGGCUUGUAAGAGUAAAUAAAAAUACAGUAUUCUCCCAGGUGGGUUUCACUAGUAGAACUUCAGCUGCUGCUUUCUUGGGGUCCCCCUCAAAAAGCUGACUGCACAGAGAGAUAAGUUGUUCCAAUUUUUUUUUCUUUUUUGGGUCGAUGUUCAGGCAGUCAAAAGAGCGUCAGACUGGUUGGAGAAUUUUACUUUUGCUUCAUAGCUAUAGAGGAUUAGCUGGGUGGCUACUAUACUUUGGGGUUCUGAUGGUCAGUAUGUGCUAUGUUUGUGCUUUACGGGGUCACGGCCUGAUGCUCAACAGAAGCCUUCUUCAGAACCAGAAGUCCAGCUUUGCUUUUCACUCUCUCAGUAGAACAACAAGGGCUGCAGGUGACCCCGGGAGAGAGUGAGACCGCUCUGUUGCAAGUCUUUUUGUUUCAGCUGUUCCAAUCUAACGGGAAAAUCUUCUCAAGCGGAACAGCUGACAGGAAGUUGGUGCUCUCAGCUGGUGUUAGGAAGCAGGAUGGAUGAUGAAUGUACAGUCUUCAUGUUUCUACAGUAGCGUAGGAAAUCGACAUGAUCAUGUUGCGCACUUUUUAAUGUCAACUCUUUUCUCGGGUGGUACGGCGGCGUGUGGAGCUAAAUCCGUGUCACGGGCUUCAGUCUGGAAAGAAAGUGGCUCAAAAAGGGAAGUAGAGUCCAAAAUACAGCUCUGACUCGGGAGGAAAUUGUGUGAAGUUUUCAAAAGAAAAAAAAAAUCACUGGAUAUGAGUCACAGUUCCAGAUCCAAACUUUAAAAAAUAUAUCAAUUUCAUUUGACAAAGAGGAGCGUCUUAAUUUGCGUGGCUGGGGUUGAGUUGAGAUCUGCGACUUGAAUCUGACAAAGGUUUUCAACUCAAUCUCAACUCAAUCUCAAUUGGAGAAGCCGUGUCCCGGGAUUCAGACCUUCUGACCUUGGUUUAGCUCCAUGCCUUUGCUGUUUGUUUCUCAGUGUUUCCUGAACCAUCCCAUGUUUUGUCCACUCAAACACUUGUACAUGCACAUCGCUAGAUUCUGUUCCACAGCCGUCCCACUUGUAAAGGAAAAUCACACGGUGAUAGCAGAGAAACAUGUUCAUGAUGUAACAAUUGACUCAUUAUUAAACUGCACUUCAUGAUGUCGUCAACUGCUUUUCUUGUCAUAUAGUGCCACUGCAGUUUCAACUUGAAUUCUGUCAUAAUUCAUUCCAAAUUGAGGCAGCUGUUAGUGAUUUUUAAUGGGUUUAAAAUGUCACUCCUAAACAAAGACAAACCGUUGCGACGUAUAAUGAAAGAGAAAUCCAGACUUUGAAGAGUCACUGAUGGAAUAUUAUAUGUGACAUCCACAUGUGUGGAGCUAUUUUCCAGGUUGGAAACCUUUGCUACAUUCAUGUUUUCCAGGGUUUUCAUUUUCCAGGUCGUUUUUCCUCACGUGAUUAGAAAAGAAAAGCUUGGUGGCUGGGAAAGUGGUGUGAGAAUUUUACAGAUCGGCGACUCUUCUAGGUGAAAUAAUCUGCUCUUUGUGUUUGUGCGGGUUUCCUCCAGGCUCUCUGCUUUCCAUUCAUCGUCCUGGAGGCUGAGCAGCAAUAAUUAAAAUUGUUUGGCAAAAGGUUUGCUCUGGAAGUUUGCUGGAUCUUCUGGUCCUAUCUGUGUUCCUCGUGUAGCAAUAAAGCCUCCUCCUCGCCUCCAGUGGCGGCUUUAUUUAGGACAUAAACAGGAAGUGAGCUCAUUCUGGAAUGAGAGGUCAGCGAGAAGAUGAUGGAGUGUGAGGCCUCCUCUCCACAGACCCCGUGGUGCGGCAGUAUCUCUGACAAAGAAGCUAGAAUGUUUUUGUGCUGUCACUCGCCGCGUCAAAGGGCUCGAGGUUUGGUGACGUGUGAAGCUUGUGUGGCUCUGUAGAGUCGAGCUGAGCAGGUGAACGGCUGUGGUUUGCUACGUAUUGUGAUUUGAAGCAGGGUGAAGUGUCGUGGUGUCUGUUUUUAAGGGACUGUACAGUUUUCCAGGAAGCAGUUGUUCACAAAUGUGUGUAUUUGGAAACUUCCUUUGCCCUUGUUAUUUAAGUGUAAAAUAAAAUAAUCCGAUUUUUGAUCUUC